AUGGACAUGAUUUUAGAUGCGAGAGUACAGCCGCCAUGGAGCGUGCUCGAAUUCACCUUUAGUGCCAAGGAUACCGACACCGAGUUUGUAGUAAUGUGCAACUACCGCCAGUUCAUCAUUCACGCCUCUGCAGACAGCUUAUCCCAGUACCCGACCUUGAAAAAUAAAUAUUUGUUCUUUUUGAAAGUUGCCGAUAACUAUGAGCUUGAUGGGUACACACUCGAAGACUUUUACGACUGGAUUAUCGAGCCACUUUUGCCUGAACUCAGACAAGUUCCAGAGAUGACUGCACCUUUGACGUUGCAACACUUUCUCUUCCCUGAGACGCGCAGAUAUGAUAUCCGAGGGGACGGAGAUAAGCUAGUCGCUUAUCAGUCUAAAGAUAGCAACGAGGUGACAUCCAUAUUCGGCAUCCACCUGCCAGAAGAGAUUUGCGCGCCUUGGGCUUGGUAUGAUCCGAAGGACGUUCAUCUGCCAGAGAAGAGGAAUACUCACGGGCCGCCAUCUUACAGGCCUUCUAAAGUUCUUUUGAGAGGUGGAAAGGGCGCCUUUUUCAAGCCUAUGAGGCACGGAGACGAGAGAUCAUUCAUCAACGAGCUUGACAGAUACAAGAGCAUACGCGAUGCGCACUUGACCGAGUCGCUUCGGAUUUCGCGCCUCAUUGGGCUGGUGCGAGAUGAAACAGGGAGAGUAUUUGGCUUGCUCUUGACCUAUAUCGACUGUGGCCACAAAACAUUGUGCUGUGCAGCAGAUCCGCGGACGGCGAGGGAGCUUAAGCAAACAUGGGCCCAGCAGGUCAAUGAUACGCUCCAGCAACUUCAUGCUGCUGGUAUAAUCUGGGGCGAUGCAAAGUCCGAUAAUGUACUUAUCGAUCAAAAGAACAACGCAUGGCUGAUUGACUUUGGUGGAGGGUAUACAGAUGGCUGGGUGCCCAAGGAACUAUCGGGAACUAUGGAGGGUGACUUACAGGGCUUGAAGAAGAUAAAUGAGUUCUUACUUGAUGGAAGUCUGUGA